AAUAAAAAAUAAUUUCGGUCAAUUUUUUCUGCAAGCCUCGAAAUAAAAAAAGAAUUGAGCUUUGCAUCGUAACAACUGAAACGUUUUCCAUACCUAAAAUUUAAGUUCUCUCAUCAUUCCGGUAAAAAUGAGUGACGAAAUUGGCAGCAAUCGUGAAAAUAAUGCUGACAGUUCGGCACCGUUCAACUCGUCCGAGUCGAUGCCAUCACCUCCUCCUCCUCCUCCUUCGGAGCAAUCACAAGCAUACCAGAAUGUUCCCGCCAAAAUGAUUGAUCAUUUCAAAGCGCAUAAGGUCGAUUCUGCCAUGUGGGCGUUGCGUAUAUUGGCUAUAUUCUUUGCACUGUUUUAUAUAUUUCCUAUAUUUGGUAAUCAACAAAGUGCUUUCAACAAAGUUUUAUUAGCUAAUGCUGCUGUGUCGGCUUUACGUUUGCAUCAACGUUUACCAGCGUUUACGUUAUCGCGUGAAUUUCUGGCACGAUUAUUUGUGGAGGACUCUUGUCAUUAUUUAAUAUUCUCGUUAAUAUUCUUCAAUGUGCAGCCAACAUUUUUAAUAGUAGUACCUAUAGUAUUAUUCGCCGUUUUGCAAGUUUCUAGUUAUUCUUUGAAAUUGCUGGAUGUCAUUGGCCAAAAUUCGUGGUGGGGUGCCAGAUUUUUAAUAUCUCUUGUAGAAUUUCAGGCAGCUAAUAUUUUGAAAGCUAUAGCGUUUUCUGAAAUAUUCAUUAUGCCGUUAGCAGUGAUUUUAACAUUCACAGGACGUGCUGGACUAAUGACACCCAUUGUCUAUUAUCAUUUCUUGGUUAUGCGCUAUAGUUCACGACGCAAUCCUUAUACGCGUAAUGCAUUUGCUGAGCUUCGUAUGGCCACGGAAACUUUGGCCAACCGCUCGCCACCAAUGGUGGGGAAAUUUUUGCGGACUGGAGUAAAUUUUGUAAGCCGUUUAGCUCCACAAAAUCGUCCCGUACCAACUCAAUAAAUUUAAUGUCUACAAGUCGACGUAGAACGGUCAUAGCCUUUUUCCUUACACUUGCAUAAUUAUGUCUAGUUGGUUUCUCGUGUACACAAGCAUUUCUUUGCAUAGUAUAAAGUCAUGAUACAUACAAAAAUUUUAUACUUUUGCCCAUUUUUAGCUGAGCUCAGAUUCUUCAGUUUCUCUCCUCUUUAGUUUUAGUUGUGGUUGAUUGUUAUUAUAUAUAAUUUGGAAAUCUUAAAGUCCCCGUUUGUACUAUCUCUCUUCUUUCAAAAGCAUUAAUUGUGAACUAUUUAAUUCGAAAAUGAAAGAAUAUGUUAUUUUCAAUAUUAUUAAUAAUCUUUAAAAAAUCUUUUAACUCAAUUAUGAACAAAUUUAAGUUUGCUUAAUUCAAUAAAGACACUUUAUCAUAA